GUAUCGAUAACAUCCAGCAAAAUGCACUGAAGAAGCGAAAGGCAAUUAUUUCAUAUAAUUUUUACGACACAAAUCUGAUUUUAUUGAUGAGCAGUUGAAAAUAUUCAAAGCUGCUAUUUAAUGUGAAGCCUAUAAAGAUAAUCCACCGGAAAUUAUGAAUUUCAGCCAAGUGAGUCACCUUCGGGCCAUGUCGGAAAUCAGUAAUAUUUCGUACUGCCAGGUGGUGGCCAAUCGCACCUCGUUCUUCACCACCGCCUACAAUGGCAUACCGGAGACCCUGAUACUGAACACCAUCUUCUGGAUCCUGCUUAUCCUCCUGUUUACGACUCUGCGACACCAGGCGGGUGAUUUUGGCCGUCUGGCGCUGGUCAACAGCAACGGCAGCAAAAAGCGCUGGACGGAGAUCUUCUACUCGAGGGCCGCCAGUGUGGUGGAUCCCCUGCCGAGCACCUCGUCCAAUGUGUCUCCACGGCCAAGUGCCGCCUCCCAGGCAGUCGGUGACUCCACACCCUUGUCACCCAUUCAGCCGGAAGAGGGUAUCUUCGGCUGGAUCAAGGUCACGCUUAAGUUGCGCAAGGAGACGAUUCUGCUCCACACUGGACCGGAUGCCGUGCACUACCUGUCCUUCCAGCAGCACCUGAUGGCCGUCAUGGCUAUGGUCACCAUCGUCUCGCUGGUCAUUAUUCUCCCGGUCAAUUUCUUGAACGGGCCUAAGGAAAACCCAUACGAUGUGAACGCUUUUGGCCGUACCACAAUGGCCAAUCUCUCGCCGGACUCGCCCUGGCUUUGGGUGCACACGAUUAUCACAAUUCUCUAUAUUCCGCUCGUGGUGCUCAUCAUGCGCCGUGCCUCGGGACGGAAUGCUUUUAAGAAGGCCGCGACCCGCACCAUAAUGAUAUCAAACAUCUCGUCCAGCGAUCGUAACAAAACUGUGGUGAGAAACUACAUGCAGGAGCUCUUCCCGGACGUCACCAUCGAGAAUGUCUCAAUCGCGUAUAACAUUUCACGGCUUUAUGUAAGGAACGCGGAGUUCGAGCGAGUUCACGAUGCGCGUUUGUACUGCGAACAUCACCGGAAUAGGGACACCUUGAUGGCCAAGCCGGACAUGUGCUCUUGCAAGAAGGAGAACGCCUACGAGUUUUACCAGCGGGAAGAGCGCAAGUUAUCCGGGGAUGUGGCCCGUUUGCGUGCUUCCACGAUGAACGAGCCCCUGGACAUUGCGUUUAUUACCGUGUCCACUGUGCAAGAGGCGCAGAACAUCGUAACCCACUUCACACCCGGAACAUACCGCCAAUGGCACUUAGUGUUUGCUCCAUCGCCGGAUGAUCUAUUCUGGGAGAACCUAAACGUGAACAAAAGCCACUGGUACUUGAAGUUCUUCUGCGUUAACGCGGUGCUCUUUGUGGUUCUCUUCUUUCUGUCCACGCCAGCCAUGGUGGUGAGCCUACUGAACAGCCGGCCAUGGAUAAAGGAAACGGAGGGCAAAAUCUCGCCUCUCGUGUCUGACUUCCUGCCCACACUGAUGCUCUGGACCCUGUCGGCACUGAUGCCUGUUAUUGUGGCCAUUUCGGACAAGUGGAUGCGUCACUACACACGCUCCAAGCAGAACUAUUCGAUCAUGACAAAGUGCUUUGGCUAUUUGCUAAUGAUGAUCCUGAUUCUACCCUCCCUGGGAUUGACCUCUGCACAGGCGCUGCUAGAGUGGGGAUUCACCAAUGAGACUGAUCGCUGGCAGUGCAUCUUCCUUCCAGACCGGGGCUCCUUUUACAUCAACUACAUUAUAACGGCUGCAUUCAUUGGUACUGCGUUGGAGCUGUUGCGCUUUCCGGAGCUGAUUGUCUACAUCUGGUCAUUGCUGAAGGCAAAAUCCAAAGCCGAGACACCGUACAUCCGGAAGGCGAUCCUAAUCGAGUUUCCCUUCGGCACGCACUACGCCUGGACUACGCUCGUUUUUUCAAUAGCCAUCGUAUACAGCGUGGCCUGCCCACUGAUUAUGCCCUUCGCCAUGGUUUACAUCUGCCUGAAACACUUUGUUGACCGCCACAAUCUCUACUUUGCCUACGGACCAUCGAAUAUGAUCUCACGCAAGGGUGGCAAGAUCCACUCGACGGCGGUUACGAUGACCAAGUUCUCGGUAGUGAUCCUGGUCCUGGUCAUGGCUAUGAUAUGCUACUUCCGGGGAGACGACGGCAUGGCCCGCUUCCUGCUGCUUAUCAUCAGUCUAGCAAUCACCCUUACUCUGUUCACCUUUAUGUCACCAAUUAAACGUUGCGCAGCUACGCGACGACCCAGCAUUGUGGAGAUUGCCGGUCCGGCGCCCAUUUACGUGCCCGAUGUGCUGAAAGAUAAUGGGGUAAGGACCAGCAGCGUGCGGCCCUCGGUCGCCGGAUUCGGGGGCUACGGCUCGGACAGCGUGUCCGACUACGACAGCUCGCAGUAUAGCGUCAACAGCGUAGAGGCGUAAAUGGUAUUAAUGUCGAGAGACACUACAUUUAUUUUUGUAAAAUAUCUUAUGAAGCCACUGAUAACUUGGCAAGUUCACGGCUUUCAUUUACAUACGAAACAAUGACAGGAGGAUAACAGCAAGAGAAUUUGUGAUACCUAAACCAGCCUCAAUGUCUUUUUUGAUAUGACCCCUGCACGCAAACGCGAUAGAAGUAUUUAUUUUGUAUCUGUAUAUAAUCUACCUAGUUAUUCAAUUUUAUCUGUAACAACUGUACAUACACAUAUAUAUUUCUUUGCUGAAUGCUUAACAAAGGGCUCGAUGCUAGUUUGAUAAUAUUAGGCAAAUGAAACACAGUGCAUUAUAAUAUUUUCACGUAAUUUUUUUAUUUAUGGUAAAUAAAAAACUAUUAAGUUUAUGCGUAUCCGUUUGCAUACAGAUUUACGAGUACGAGUUAUAAUUAUUUAAAUAUUUUCUUUAGAAAAUUAGCCUGCAAGUGUCACUUCUAUUGUUAAUUGAAGAAAAUUAUCAAUUAAAAGUAAACAAAAUACAAUUUGUCCAAUAAAUGAGUUUAUUGAA